GAACCGUGCGCUAGAAGCUGGAUACGAGGCUUCCUCUGGAAGCCAUUCGGACAGACACGCUACUGGUCAAACCCCCCUCUGCUCCCCGCGCGCCUCAAGCCCUCCCUCCCCUCCCUUCCAGCCAGUUCCUCCUCACACCUCGUAGUCGCCACUGCAGCUCGGCGUCCUCCGUGAACACCGCCCUCCUCAGGCCCCCGGGAUUUUGUUGGGUGGGGAGGCCGGCGGCGGCGGGGCGCCACGAGUUCCAGUUCGCUCUCCGCUUGUCCGCUGCUCCCAGCUCUCAUCCUCUGCCCUUUCCAGUUUUCCCCGCACAAGAUGGAGCAACCUCAAAUAAUUCUGUUUGUAGCCAUGGCCGUGGCUUGCUUCCACUUCCUGCGAUCCCUGUUAGUGUUGUUCCAUCUUGGACGACCAGUGCUAAACAAGCUGCCAAGUUAUUUGGGAACUACGACAAAUGCAAUGGAGGGCACAGAUGUUUCUAGUGAGCCUAAAAGGGGCAUGGAUGGGAUGACACAAGUCAUGGAGUGCGUGGGGGACACAAGUCAGCCAUCAGUGACUGAUGCGGACAAGCAGGGUUGUUCAUUUGUCGCAGAUUCAAGGUACCCAGAUGAAUGUUCCAACAAUGUGGAGCCACCAGAUGAUCGGAUGAGUAAAUCUGAACAUGCUAGGCGAGUCCACCAGCUUGAGGAGAUGAAUGCAAUACUACAACAGAAAAUAAUUUGGUUGCAACAUGAGCUCAGACAAAGUGAUGCAUGCCUUGCAUUUAAGAAAGAUGAGUACAACACACUGAUCGGUGCUGUUCGGAAUUUCUUCGGCAUUUUCAAACCUCAUGAGGAAGCUUCAGCAGCUGCAGUUUCAUUUAUCAAGGCUGAGGGUAAUUUUUAUCAGCAGGUAGCUUGCAUGCAGGAUUUCUUAAGCUAUUUGGUGCUGGACCGGAAAUUUGGGAUCAAGUACCAGCGGCGCAAGAAGAAACUGUCGCCUGAACCCACAACCAACCAAGAUAUAUAGGCAUCUGUAAUUUACUAGUUUGUUUAGAUUCAUGUAUUUAUUUCCUAGUUAUCUGUAGUUUCCAAAUUUAUCUUGAUGGCACCUAUUGUCUAAGUGCCAAAUAUUGAUUUAGGAAGGAACCUAGAAUUUAUAUGUAUCUCUCAAAUAUUGACAUCAAAUCAAUGUCAAA